AUGAGAUUUACCCGGCGAGGGAAACUAAUUUUUACUACAAAGGAUCUGGGAUGCACAAAACAACUUCUUGGCUUAGAACAGAUUAACGAUACUAAAGUUACUUCAAACGUUAUUUGGGAAGGAGUUACUUCUAGAUUUCUGCUUAUUGAUAUGCUCACAUGUGUUCCACUCAAAGAAGUUGCAGAUGAACUGCGACAGUUUAAUGAUAUUGAAACCAGAGAGAUGAGACGUUUUGUCAAACAAAAUUCGACACAACAAACUUCAAUUCUCGUAACAAUUCUGGGUACUUCUCUUCCAGAUUCAGUUAAACUUUGGCUUACAUUCCAGAAAAUUCGACCUUUUAUCGAUCGGCCUAGACAGUGUUCAAAAUGUUACAAUUUCUUACACCUAUCUAGGAUAUGUUCGAAAGACCAAGUUUGCCAAUUAUGUGGAACAGAACACGUUGGAAAUUGUCAAAACCCAGUUAAAUGCAUUAACUGUCAAGGUUCUCAUGCAGCAACAUCUAAAGCAUGUUCCUUGUACGUCAAAGAACAACAAAUUUUGGAUCUAAAAUGUCGUAACCACCUCACUACAGGGGAAGCACGACGCUUAUUUAAUGCAUUAUCUAAUACAACUUAUGCGACUGUUGCUACAUCGAGCACGGAACCCAUUGACUUUGAAAAAUCUUUAAACGACAAAAUGGAAUCCAGCAUUCAAAACAUCAACAAAAAGAUGGAGCAGCAUUUCAAUGAGCUAUUGGAAAUAUUUCAAAAGACGGUCGAGUCUAUGGUGCAACAGUUAAUUCAUGUGAUUGACAAAGGUGAAAAAAUUAAAUCUCCAUCCAGGAAGAAAAAAGCUUUACUUAAUGCUUCGAAAAACUUCACUAGUUCUACUAGUCAACCCAUGCAAUGGGACGCUGGUGGCCCUGCUGGGACUUCGGAUUAA